AUGAAGCAAUCAAGAAAAGCUGCCAAAGUCGCCUAUCAAGGAUUGAAGGAGUUAGUUAAGUUUGGAAAGUUUGCUGAAGUUGAAAACACUCCUGCUGCUAGUUCCAUUAAUGCUGAGGUUGCCGAGGAACACGUGGGACCUAAACCAAAAUUUCAAUUUGCAUUUGAAGAGCAAACUACGAGGAAGCCUCCCCAAACAGUUCCUGUUACAACCGAAAAUCCAUCUGAGAGUGAUCAAGAAGAUUCAACGCACGUUCUACUCCGGAAGAAAAGAAAAAGACGAGAUCCAAGUCCUGGAGUACUUAUCACAGACCCUGUUCAAAAUGUAUCUACUCCGAUUGAACCUAGUUCUGUGGCCCAAACCAUUGAAAGCACAUCCACUGAGUCCUCUCCAAUGAUGCAAGAGAUUUCAAGCCCGUUACCUGAAUCCACUCCUAUGGAUCAUGAUUUUUAA